CCGGCGCCGCUUUUAAAGGGACAGUGCAUCGCUAAGUACCGCCCAACGUGGGGCGGUUCCGCCACCAUGAACUACAUGCCGGGUACUGCAAGCCUCAUCCAGGACAUUGACAAGAAACACCUGGUUCUGCUGCGGGACGGCCGGACGCUGAUCGGAUUCCUACGCAGCAUCGAUCAGUUCGCCAACCUGGUGCUGCAUCAGACAGUGGAGCGAAUUCACGUGGGCAAGAAAUAUGGGGACAUCCCUCGAGGGAUCUUCGUUGUGAGAGGGGAGAACGUGGUGCUGCUGGGGGAGAUUGACCUGGAGAAGGAGAGCGACACGUUGCUGCAGCAGGUUUCCAUCGAGGAGAUCCUGGAGGAGCAAAGGUUGGAGCUGCAAGCCAAGCAGGAGUCGGAGAAGCUGAAGGUGCAGGCGUUGAAGGAGAGAGGCCUGGCGGUGCCCAGGGCUGACACGUUGGAUGAGUACUGAUGGGAUGGCAAUGCUGAGUGGUGCAGGCACUGAAAUCAUGGCUUCUGUUCCCCCUUGAGGGGAAAAAAGGAGUGAUGGCAAUGGGGAACCCUCGGAGGUAACUGGAUGCUCCGGGGGGUGCAGCAAUUUCUGUUCAGAGAUGAAGGUCUCUGUUCCUUUUUGGUUUGUUUCUUUUGGCUCCUCGCCUGGAGCUGAGUGAGAGCUUCCCUUCACCUGUAAAUAAACCCCUGAUCUCAACAGCAACA